AUGGAGCCCCGGCGCGACGCGGUGCUGCGGGAGCUCGGGGAGGCGUGGGACGAGGUCGAGGAGGCGGAGGAGGACCGGCGGGCGGCGCUGCGGGCGCUGGAGGACGACUGCCUCGCCCUGUACGGGGCCAAGGUCGCGCAGGUCAGGCACCACGCCGCGCGCCUACGAGCGGAGGCCGAUGCCGCCCGGGCCGAGCUCGACGCCCUCCGCGCCGCCAUCGGCCACGACGACCCGCGGGACACCGUUCGGAGCAGCGGCUCCAGGAGGAGCCUUAGGGAGCAGCUGCGCGUGGUCGCGUCGGAGCUGGAGGACAUGAGGCGGCGCAGGGACGAGAGGCGGCGGGAGCUCGCGGACGUGACGGUGCUCAUUGACCGGCUCAAGCAGGAGAUGAGGCCAACCGAACCGCUGCACGUUGACGCCGACGGUAACGACCUCACCAUGAAGAGGCUCCAGGAUCUCAGAGCGCAACUGAGGCACCUCCAAUCAGAGAAGGAGAAUCGAAUCAAGAAAAUGGCUGAGCUCAGGGACUCCCUACACGCGUCCUCCUCGGUUCUCGGCAUGGAACCGGCAGAAACCACCACCAGUUUGCAAGAAGCUGGCGCCGGUGGCGACAUCAGCGACGGCGCGCUCGCGAGGCUGGAGUCGGAGUCCGAGAGGCUGCGAGAGACCAAGCGUGGCAGGAUGCAGAGGCUGCAGGACCUGGUGGUGGCGAUGCUGGAGCUGUGGAGCCUGAUGGACACGCCGGCGGAGGAGCAGAGCCGGUUCCAGGGCGUGGCCUGCAACGUGGCCGCCUCCGAGGACGAGAUCACGGAGCCGGGCGCGCUCUCGGCGGAGGCCAUCGGCGAGGUCGAGGCAGAGGUGGCGCGGCUGGAGGGGCUCAAGGGGCGCCGGAUGAAGGACCUGCUGGCCAGGAAGCGCGGCGAGCUCAGGGAGAUCCAGCGCCGCGCGCGCAUCGUGUCUGCGGUCGCGGAGGAGGAGGAGGACGAUGGCGAGGAGAUGCUCGUGCUGGACGACGACGGGGAAGCCGUGGCGGAGAGGACAUUGGUGCUGGCGCGGCUGGAUACGCAGAUCUCGGAGGCCAGGGACGAGGAGAUCAGCCGGAAGGACGUGCUGGAGAGGAUGGAGAGGUGGCAGGCCGCCCUCGAGGAGGAAACCUGGCUCGAGGAGUACAGCAGGAACGAGAACAGAUACAAUGUUGGUAAAGGAACCCACCUGGUGCUAAAGCGCGCCGAGAAGGCACGCGCCUUAGUCAGUAAGAUGCCAGCAAUGGCGGAGUCCUUGACGGCGAAGGUGGUGGCAUGGGAGAAGGAAAGAGGCGCCAAGUUCGUGUAUGAUGGAGAGGGGCUUUUAGACAUGCUGCAAGAGUACGACAACACGAGGAAAGAGAAAGAACAAGAGAGGAAGAGACAGAGGGACCAAAGGAGGCAGCAGGGUCAAAGCACCAUGGAGUCGCCGGUGGCCAGAGCUCUCCCGAAGAGCAUCAAGAACGUGACUAGGACACUAUCCAUGGGUGGAGGCAAGAAGAUGGUUGUGUCAUCGUCAUCAUCAGCAUUGUCUUCAUCGAGGCCAACCACUCCAAGUUACCUCAAAUCUGCGUUAUCAUCACGUAGGAGCGACGAUGGGUUGUCACCAGAUUCUUUUGAGUGA